CCGGACCUGCCUGUGCCGCGGACUUGCUCUUCACCGGAAGCCUUAACGCGAAGUACUGUCAACACAGGCGACCAUACUCUAGCCGCUCUUUUGCGACACGAUGGUGUAUGGUUGUUCCUCACUAUACGGUCGACAACAUCGAAGAAGAAAAAAAUCUGCUGAGAUACACCCCUUCUGUCUCGCGCCGUCAGAGUGGUCGCGUUCCAGUCCGCGUCAUGCUUUGCUGCAAGGCAGUGAAGGCCACCUUCUGGCUGGAACUUGGCAUUCUUGCAGCACUAUUUCCAACCUCAGGCACAGGGCUAGCAGCUGCCUACGACCUCCGCAUCUACCACAAUCCUAGGGUUCAAGUAUCCGAGAGCAAGACAAAGGCACGGCCUCGAGAUGCAGACAGGGGAUGCCGAAAUCACAAGAUACAGUACACUUGCUCGUAUUGCAUAAUGUCGGACCAGCAGAAACUAGCAUCUAGUACCGCAAAAAAAUUCAGUGAGGGAAAGAAACAGUUGUGCAUUAUGAGCAAGUGUACUGGUCAUGCAUUCACCCUUGACGGUGGCCUAUCAAUGCAAAUCAUAGAGCAUUUCAUUUAUUUCGUGUAAAAAAACAGCCAAGGGCGCAUAUCAACUCCAGUACCUACUACUCGUCGACAUAAGACGGAAAAUGAAAACUCUUGUGGAUACAGUCAGGAGAGGAAGGGAGAAAAAGAUAGAAAACAGAGAAAUGGCUAGGGAAAACACUAUUUUUCAACUCUGCACAACACACGGAGGGUGCAAGGAGGAGCAUGAAUGGAGAAA